AUGAGCGAGUCACUAAUAUCGCCUGCAGAAAAUGUUGAUUUAUCUGAAUCAAAUUAUGUUGAACCAGAAAGUAUUAAACUAGAUGAUACUGAACCAAAUAAUAUAGAAGAGAAAAAUUCAAACAUACAUGAAACCGAGAAAGUUAAUAAUACAUCAAUAAAAGAAAAACCAGAUAUCAUAACGGAAGAUUUAAUAAAACCUAGUUCAAAUGAUGAUAUUAGUAAUAGUCCGCCUAAUAAAAAAAUAAAAUUAGAAGAUCUUGGUAAUAGAAAUGGGUCAAGACCAAUUGUUGUUGCACCACCUUCUAAACCUCAAUUAUUUUAUAUACCAUUGAAAACAGGAUUAGUUUAUGACGUUAGAAUGAGAUAUCAUGCAAAAAUUUUUACUUCAUAUUUUGAGUAUACUGAUCCUCACCCUGAAGAUCCUCGUCGUAUUUAUCGAAUUUAUAAAAAAUUAGUUGAAGCAGGUUUAGUACUGGAUUUUUCACUUUCAGGUAUUGAUGAAUUAGGUCCAUAUAUACAAAAAAUCCCAAUAAGAGAAGCUACUAUGGAAGAAAUUUUGGAAGUACAUUCAGAAAAGCAUUUACAACAUAUUAAAUCUACUGAAACAAUGACCAAAGACGAAUUGUUAAAGGAAACAGCUGCUGGAGAUUCUAUUUAUGUUAAUAAUGAUUCUUAUUUUUCAGCUAAAUUAUCAUGUGGAGGAACAAUUGAAGCAUGUAAAGCUGUUAUUGAAGGAAGAGUAAAAAAUUCAUUGGCUGCUGUAAGACCACCUGGUCAUCAUGCUGAACCUGAUAGUCCAGGUGGAUUUUGUCUAUUCAGUAACGUAGCUGUAGCUGCAAAAAAUAUACUAAAAUCUUAUCCAGAAUCUGUUAGAAGAAUAGUGAUCCUUGACUGGGAUAUCCAUCAUGGAAAUGGUACUCAAAAAGCAUUUUUUGAUGACCCCCGAGUUUUAUAUAUAUCUUUACAUCGUUAUGAAAAUGGAAAAUUUUAUCCUGGUACCAAAUAUGGUGGUUCAGAUCAAGUUGGUGUAGAAACUGGUGAAGGUUUUAAUUUGAAUAUACCUUGGAGAACAGCAGGAAUGCAUGAUGGAGAUUAUGUAUAUGCUUUUAAUAAAGUUAUUAUACCCGUGAUUCUUGAAUUUGAUCCUGAUUUAAUUAUUGUUAGUUCAGGAUUUGAUGCAGCUGAUGGGGAUGUUAUAGGUGGAUGCCAUGUUAGUCCAGCGGGGUAUGGAUAUAUGACACAUAUGUUAAAGGGUAUAGCAAAAGGUAAAAUGGCUGUGAUACUAGAAGGUGGUUAUAAUUUGGAUUCCAUUAGUGAAAGUGCAUUAGCUGUGGCUAAAGUUUUAAUUGGUGAACCACCAGAAAAUACUAUAACAAAAUUGCCUCAUCAAGACACAAUUGAAGUUAUUGAUGAAGUUAUUAAAAUUCAAUCCAAAUACUGGAAAUGUUUAAAAUCAGGAAUACCUGAGACCUCAUUUGAUGAUGUUUAUGAUUUACCUGGAGUUGAUACAUUCAAACUAACUAAUAUUUCUGAUCCAAUAAGAUUAAAUCAAACCAAUGAAGCAUUCGACAUGAAACAAUUCAUUAAUUUAUCUAUAGACCAGACAAAUUUCACUUUUGAAUUCCCUGAUAAAAAUAAUAAUUUGGUUAUUGCCAGUCCAAACAUAUAUGAAUGUGACUCUCUAGUGAUCACAAUUCAUGAUCCUCCAGAUGUAUGGGCCAAUAUUAAUCCUACAAAUGGUAUAAUAGAGAGUAAUUCAUCAGUUGUCUUGGAGCAUCCCCUCUUACAAAUCAUCGACAAAAUUGAAAAGGAAAAAGAAGACAACAAUCCAGUAGGUUAUAUUGAUGUCAACAUACCUUCAUAUCCACUACCUAUUCCUGGCUCAACUUCUUCAUCAACAUAUAACUCCACGAUUUUUGCACAGGAACUACUUUUGUAUAUUUGGGAUAAUUAUGUUUCCUUCUUCAAUCAACUUAAAAAUGUCGUAUUGGUCGGAUUCGGGGACUCAUAUCAAAGUAUCGUUCAUUUGUAUAGCAAAAGACCUGCUGCAGAGAUCAAAUUGUUGGUUAAAUUCACAAUUGCUUUCAUCAAUAAAACUCCUUUGAAACCAAUAGUACCAGUAAUGGAUGAAAGUAUGGUAGAUUGGUUUUAUCAAAAUUCAACCAUAUUUACCAGUCGAAAUAACCAAUGCUGGAAUAACGUAGCGGAAGAUUUGAAACGUCCUCGAAGGAAAUUUGGAAGAGUAUUGAAAGCACAAGCGGAUGGAUUAUUUGAUGUUAUAAAUGAAAAAUUCGAAGAAGGUGUUGAUAAUAUCCUAGAUAAUAUAGAGGAAUUUUCAAGUUCUGAUGAAUAA